UCUGUCGGUCGGAUAGGAGCGGAGGGUCCUCAGACACGGAGACAUGCGCGCAGUGUGAUUAUUUCUUCUUUCAUGCAAAAACCUCUGUCGGAUUUCACUUUGCUGCCACACUGUUGUCUCUGUAGGACUUCUUCUACGGUUUCUAUCAAGUGUGGCUGAGAGUGUUUCCACAGACGAGCAUGCUUGUAUCUCUGUCUUUGUUUGAUAUGAGACGGGAUUAAGAUCUCCGGAGCCUGCUCCAGUAACGGGAGGCUAAUUUAGGCUGUAGUCGAACUUUUUGUUUUUUAUGUGGGCAGGGAUGUCUUCGGCUCGGGUGGAUUACAUUGCGCCCUGGUGGACUUACUGGCUUCACAAUUUCCCUCAUAUCAACCUGAGGUUUCAGCCCAUUGACAACGGCUUCCAGCCAGAAGAGGAGAACUACCAGCAGUCUCUCAUAUUCCUGGCCUGCGUGGCGGCUGCGGGUCUUGGCCUCAACUUACUGUGUCUCGCCAUCUACCUGAGCUGUUUGUGCUGCUGCCACAAAGACGAAGAGGAGGAGAGCAAGAAGCCCAACUCCUGCUGCGUCACCUGGUCCGCUGUCACCGCCGGCCUCAUCACAUGCAUCGCCGUUGGUGUGGGUUUCUAUGGCAACAGUGAGACCAAUGACGGCGUGUACCAGUUGACUUACUCGCUGUACAAUGCCAAUCACACGCUGGGUGGUGUGGACAGUCUGGUGACUGGCACAAUGGGCAGCAUGAAGAGUGGCCUGCACCAGCACCUCGCCAGGCUGGACGAGAUCUUCGCCACGCGGGGUGACUACGUGCAGACCCUGCAGUUCAUGCAGCAGAUGGCGGACAACGUGAUCAAACAGCUGCUGGGCCUGCCUGACUGGGAGGAGGCUAAAGUGGACCUCGCAUCCAUCGCUGAUCAAACAGCAAGAGUGGAGUACUACAGGUGGCUCACCUACCUGCUGAUCCUCAUCCUGGACCUGAUCAUCUGCUUGCUGGCCUGUCUGGGCCUGGCCAAGCAGUCUCGCUGGCUACUUACCACGAUGAUGGUGUUUGGAGUGCUGACGCUGGUCCUGAGCUGGACCUCUCUGGGAGCUGACCUGGCGACUGCUGUGGGCACAAGUGAUUUCUGCGUAUCCCCUGACAAGUUCCUCCUGAGCCAGACGAAGGGAGUCAUCGGCACUGAUAUUGUUCAUUACUACCUUUACUGCAACCAGACCCUCUCCAACCCCUUCCAGCAGCCUCUGACCAUCUUCCAGAGGUCCCUGACCACCAUGCAGAUCCAGAUCCAGGGUCUGCUGCAGUUUGCUGUGCCUCUGUUCCCUACAGCUGAGAGAGACCUGCUGGGUAUUCAGCAUGUGCUCAACUCCUCGGAGGCCAGUCUGCACCAGCUGACCGCCCUGUUGGACUGCAGGGGGCUCAACAAGGACUACCUGGAUGCAAUGGUGGGGGUGUGCUAUGACGGGGUGGAGGGUGUACUCUACCUCUGCCUGUUCUCCUCCCUGGCAGCCUGUGCCUUCACCGUCAUGCUGUGUGCCAUUCCCAGGGCAUGGAGACAAAUUGCCUGCAGGGAACGAGAUUAUGACGACAUCGAUGAGGAGGAUCCCUUCAACCCGCGGGCCAGGAGGAUAGUGGCUCAGAACCCCAACCUCACCAACAUGCACAGCUUCUGCAGCUACAGCAGCAGCAUGGGCAGCCAGACCAGCAUCCACCCGCCCGCCCCCACCGUCUCCAACGCACCCAUGUCCGAGUACAUGAACCACACGGCUCUGUUCGGGGGAAAUCCGCGGUACGAGAACGUUCCUCUGAUAGGAAGAGGCUCCCCCCCCCCCUCGGUAUACUCUCAGCCGUAUAGAAACCAUGUAAGUCUUUUAAACUCUCUCAGGGUUUACUCCCUCAUUUCUCCUUUGUUGCAUCUCCGUCUUUUACCUCUCCUUCACCUCAAAUCACGUUUGGAUCCUGUGCAGUUUUCCUGUUUGGCAUGGCUUUUUCACUAAAGUCUUAAUUCAAGAACCUCUCUUUGAAUUAGUGAUGGUUUGUCUUCCCCCAGCAUUCACAGGGUGGUACUGCAGUUGUGUCCCUGGGUCUCCUCACAGUUAGCCUCCCUGUGCAUGCACUUCUAUAGCUUACUGCCACAAGGUAGUAGUGUCAAAAUGAUUGAUGUUUUACUAACUGUACAUCAUUUUAGUAAUAGAUUUGAAGAAGAUCUAUGCCCAGAGUGUGUUUUGUUAGUUUGAGUUAAAGGAAUACUCCUUAGAAAUUCCAUAUUUUUAGCAUUAAAUACCCUGUACUUGUAGGCUUGACGGUGGCUCUUAAAAAGUUUGUGGCUUUGUGGAAGAUGACUUUAUGUACUUAGCACACUACUUUCCACUACUAAAAUCUACAUAUUCAGUGUGUCUUUUGAGAUGUAGUGGUGUAAUGACAACACAGCUAGUCUGCAUUGCUGGAGUUCAUUGUAAUUUCAUUGAAUCCACAAUUACUAUAACUACUAAGCUUUAAUCUAAACCACUUUCAAUCGUACAUGGUGAAAAAUUGAUUAUCAAUAAUGAUUUUCUGUGGACUUCUCCUUUAAACCCCCAUGGCAUUUCCCUUCGUCUUUGCUGGAGAUUAAGCUCAGCCCAUACCUGUGUGAAAUCUAUCAUGAGCUCACUGAAUCAGCUUGUAACAUCCUCCAUGUGUUCACUCUUCCCUCCACAGUACUCCCCGAGUAUGCGGGCUACCUAUCUUUCCAUGACCGAGGAACAGAUAAGACACUUUGGGAACGACUUCCAAGCAUAGACUUCUUUAUCUGACGGAGGAGGGAAACAGCAUCACACAUGCUCCACAAACAGAACGUGUGUGUGGCUCCUUCAAGCAUCACAGGGGACAGUGUGUAACAUCUCGUUGUUCAAGGACUCCAGGCUGUGAAGUCUCAGGACAUUGCAACCAUCGGUACUCUUCUCUGUGCUCAUAAAUGAUUAAUCACACUUGCUGCCCCAAGGCAUAUUUUGGGGAACCUGCUAAAUAUUUCUGACCCUGCUGCUGGACUUAAUCUGCUCUUAAUAUGUUAUAUUAUUCAUGCUGCCUCAUCUAUUAGUAAAGCGUUGAGGGAAGAUGUGUCUUUACUGUAUGUACCUGUUCUUUAGUCAAAAAAACAACUAAUCAUGACUAUGAUGAAAGAGGGGAUAGAAGCGAUUUUGAGGAUUAACUUCUCAUUGCAGUAAAACAUUGCAACCUGCUCACAAUAAAGACAUUUAAAAAAACUCUAUUUACAGAACAAAACUUACAUUCAGGUCUCCAAAGAGAAAAAAUGUGAACAUCACAACUGAUGUAUUAUUUUCUAUGUAUAAUGCUUGAUAUUUGUGAAGCACAAACCCAGCACUGGCAGCACACAGCAGGAGGUAUGUUGAGAUAUAAUUUAUUGACAUUCACACACGGACACGUCUGCAAUAUGAAGCUUUAUGUUUCUAUAUCUUCUGGAGACGAGACUGCCUUUAGAACACGGCUUCUGUACAUAGUUGUACAAUAACAGACAGUUUUCUCUUUUCCGAUGUGUUUUGUUAUGAUUUUGUUCAAACAACGUGCCAACUUUUAUAUAUUUUUGCUAGCUUUGUGUGGCAUUGUCACAUAGGAUCACUAUUUUUUGUACUUCCUAAAGGGCCAUUAAUUGAUGUUCUCUAUAUGUAAUCCAGCUAAUACAAUACAGUUGUAGUCAUAACUUGGGAAGCUGUGCUGCUCUAACCAUGAUAAAUAAGAAUAUUCAGGUAAUUAUUUUCAUUAAUUCCAACCGUCCAAACAUUACAUGUUUGUUUUGGCUAACCAUGAUUUUCCGUAGGGAUUUAAUACAUGCAGUUUUGUGUAAUAUUAUUUUAGUAAGUGUCAUUUCCUUCAGCAUGUUACAUUGUACAGGCACUCAGAAUGGUGCUUAAUUUUGUGUGUGACCCCACAACUAUGGGGUCUAACUGUGAGUUGAAUAAAUCAGUUUUGAGUACAA